CUCUGCUCUCCUCGACGACCCUGCCUCCUCAGUCCUCUGCCCGUCUGCCGCCUCCUCUGCUCGACGACCGGAGACCGCCUCCUCUGCUCGACGACCGGCGAUAUGCCCAGUGCAAAGCCGUCCGAUAUUGGUAUGCUAAUUCGUUUCUAAUCUCAACCCUGUUUCAAUUACUUAGCCUUUUCCCUUUAAUUGCUACUUUGCUCCAGAAUUACAACUAAGAUGAUCCUUCUCUGGGGAAUUGAUUAUGGGCUAGGCUAUAGAAGUAGGGAGAGAAUGGGGAUCUGUUGUGAUGCUGAGCAUUCAUUUGCUUUUACGGUUGAUAUAGGGAGAGAAUGGGGAUCUGUUGUGAUGCCCAGCGCGGCGGCGUCGCCACAAAUGUCCCCAGCAACCACAGUAAAAAACCGAAUGGAAAGGACGAAACUUGUUGAAACCCAGUUCACAGAACAAGCAAUUGAACCGAAUCUGAAACAAUCAAUGAUUCCCAGAUAGCUAAUUAUGAAAUGCGACCAAGAAAAAGAAAGAAGAAAAGAGGGUUUACUUAUGAACUUGUGGUUUAAGAAUGUUGUUUGGUUGUUUUGUACUCAAUCGUAAACAUGCAUUUGAACAAUUAUGUAGUUAAUUCAGUAAUGUUGCAGUUUGUUGAAUUUUAUAUUACAUAUGCUUAUUUAGUUUAUUCAGGUUUGUUAUCCGGUAUAUUCCGGUUUUAUUCCGGUAUUAUUCCGAAACGGUAUCACAAAUCUGCCGGUACGGUUUUUUAACAAAAAAAUAUUAUUUAAUUACAAAAACGGUAUUUUGCCGGUACACAACGGUUGAACCACGGUAGUACCACAAAAUACCCUACCACUGGCGAAGCCGGUAUGACUUCCGGCACGGUUUCCUUUACCAUGAGGAUGAGAUUGAGAGCCAUAAGGGAUGAAUCAACGAAAUGGAGACGAGCCCGGUUUUGAUUUUCCCUUUCGCAUGGGCCUGGCCCAGCUAAACUAAUAAGCGCCCACGUAGCGAGGCCCUAAUCCUCUACUUUCCAUCCACAAGAUCGACGCAACGCCUGAGAUUUCUGUUUCCUCCUCGCCGGCGAAUCAACUUUCCGCGGAUCGUAUUUUCCAAGGGAUUUCUGGAGGGCGUGAAGCUCGGCCUGUACAUCGGUGUUCCACUCUUUCUUAUGAGCUUCACUGCCGACGCCAAGUUCAUGAAGAAAUUAACCGGCAAGGUAAUACUUCACUCUCCUAAUUCUUCCCUUCCCUUUCCCGAAUCGUAUUGGUUUGAAAAUGUUUCGCUCCUGAAAUUCAAUUAUGGCUUUUUUGUUGUUGUUCUUCGCUUAGUUCGAUUGACUCGAUGAAGAGCUCAGUCCGAAAGUCUAUAUGUUCCAGAAUUAGGGUUUCUGGGUAGGAAAUCAAUCAGCUGAAUGAGGGCCGUAGUUCAGAUGAAUUUCUGGAGUAAUCUAGCUAGGUCAAUGGAAAAUCUUGCUGUCCUGUGUUGUGAACUUGUGAUGGAUCAAUACCACUAGGGAAUUUACAAAUUGUCUGAACCUCUUGGGAGGAUGGUAUCAGUUAUUACAAAUGGGAGCAAAAAGAUGAGACUUGGCUUUUCUUGCUGAAGCACUUUCAUUUUCGGAUAUAGAUCUCAAAGGGUUCAUGCUUUCAUUUUAUUUUUUGCAUGUGCAUGUGCAUUUAGUCUUUAUUCAUUUGAUUUAGUCUAACUCGCUGCUCUUUGGUGUUCAUUUAACAGCCGAGGUAAUACACCUCAAUAAUUGUGAACACAUUUGAGAUUCUCAGGAUAGGCUGAAACAUGUUCGUGUAAGAUUUUUGUAUUCCAUUUUCUUUUAUUGUCUUUGUAACUAUCAUUCUUACUUUCUACUUGAGUUUGAUUAUGGAUCUUUACGGUGAAUGGAAUUAGGGAGGAAAGCGAGACAGUUGAUUCAAGAUCAGAAAGGUAACUAGGUGAAUUGCCUACUUUUAUAAACUAGAGCUACUUUACUUAUACGGAGGACCCAUAGAUCUGGCUUUUCAUGAUUUUGGAUAUUUGGGUCAUUUGUCUGUCGAUAUAUAUGCUUAAUAUUUCAAGUGAUUGUCGGGUGUAGCAUCAUAGUAAAUAAGGAGAAGGAAAAUAACUCUUGUUAUAUGGAUUUCAUUUAAUCAUUUUCAGGAUCGUCUCGGUCGGUCUAAGCUAAUUUGGUCUUUGCGGCUGAAAGUUGCUCUUGAUACAGCUAGGUGAGCUUAUUAAGUUUUAUCCUAUGGUGUCCAUGAAUACCCAUCUGAUUUUGACUUGCUUUUGUAUAUUGCAUGGUGUUUCUCUGACCUUCAAAGAGUAAUAGUCAAUGAAGUUGAUCUACUAAUAAAAAGAUAUGGCUGAGCUAUAUGUUGAUAGAGAAUACCUCUAUAGUGGUUUCAGUUCUAUCCAAUGUUAAAAGACUCGUUGAUCAUACUGAUACAGAGUGAAGGAAAAAAGAAAUGGAAAGAUGGGUUAGACAGACUUGGGCAACUUAGAGUUGCUGUUUAACCAUAAUGAACAUGGCUUGGGGAGAAGUGAGAAGUAUGCAAGUUCUUCAGAAAGGAGAAUUAUUGAUGGAUUUUUUCUUUUCAUAGAAAUCAGCUUGUUAUUGACUGAUUUUUGUAUUGCUUUAUUUGCUUGUUUCCUUGCAGUGCUGGAUUUUGAGGUGGGGAUGUAUGAGAGGCUGUUGGUUUUCAGGAGCCUUGCAAGAGGUUUUGAGCUUUUGCUAGCCCCCUUUAUUGGGUUAUGCUUCUCAAGUAUGAUUCAAACGUGUUUGAUCUUUUAGAUGCUUCUUUUGAAAUGAUAUUGUUGAAUCAAAGGAGUCCUACCAUUCUGAAUGCAUUUGUUUGCUUUUACCACCACUUACUGUAACCCACUUACUGUAACCUCUUAAUUGUUUUGAAAUUCCAAUUGCCAUGUGCAGGACUGGAGAGAAGUGAAUGAUGACAUUGAAUUGAACCAUGCAAAAGACCACUUUCCUCACUCCAAACUUGGGUACUGAGCAACUGCUUCCGAAUUGCAGCUUCUUCAGCCAUAUGAAUAGCUUCAGUUUUCGAUACCACUCCAACCUAGGCAGAAUCCACAAAAAAACCCCACCAAUCACCAAACUUUCUAAGAACAUAAUGCAAUUCCCUACAAUUCAAACAAAUGAUCGGUGAAGACUAAUCUCAUGUUCGUUUUCUCUUUCUGGUGUUUCAGGCUUCCGUUCUUCAUUCAAGAAACCUCCAGCCAGGAAAGGUUAGCAUCUAGUUCCUGGAUUUCGCUUAUCUGAACCAAACUUUCGAUUGUUUCUUUUCUGAGAUCCUAGUCCUUAUGCUGUGCUAGGAAAACCUGUUUGCUACUGGCUUACUGCACAAUAAUAGGAACUGAAAUUGCUUCGAAGUGUUUGUGUUUCCCCAUCAAAGGAGGGGGCUUAUCUUCUGAAUAAUGAUUCAAAGUUGCUAAUGAUUAUUCAUGGGGAGUCCACCAAAUACCAUCAGCGGCUCCUUCGUCUCCUUGAAGCCACCUCGAGGGUUCGUUCUCUCGGAGCAACGAAAUGUCUUCACGCACUCUUGUUCACACUCGGUGGGACGUUCUCGACCCAGACGACCUUUCUGCACAACAACAUCAUCACGUUAUAUGCCUCGGUCAAGGAGUUUUUGAACGCACGUAAAGUGUUCGACAGAAUGCCGCAAAGGAACACGGUGUCGUACAAUUCUAUGAUUUGUUGUUACAGCAGAUUCGGCUGCCCUGAUGAUGCUUGGCGCGCUUUGAAAGAGAUGAUGGCUUGUGGACUAAGGCCAAACCAAUUCACUCUCGGGGGUAUGCUGUCGUGUGCUUCGAUGGAUCUCAGUCAUGGGGUUAGAUUGCAAUCACUAGCAAUGAAAAGCGGGCUGUUAGCUGCUGAUGCUUUUGUGGGAACUUCUUUGUUAGGAUUGUUUGGAAGGUAUGGGUGCUUAGAAGAGACAUCACUGGUUUUUCAGGAUAUGCCCAAAAAGAGCUUAACGACAUGGAAUUCGAUCAUCUCUUGCUUUGCUAGUCACGGCUUGGUGGAAGAUAGUAUGGGUUUGUUUUGUGAACUCGUGAGAGCAGAAGAGGGUACUUUAUCUGAAGGCUCUUUUGUUGGUGUUUUGUCUGGAUUAGCACGUGAUAAAGAUUUGGGAUUUGGACAACAGGUGCAUGGUUUAGCUAUGAAAAUUGGGUUUGAUUGUGAAGUCCCAGUCAGCAACACUCUUGUAAAUAUGUAUGUCAAAUGUGGCAGCAGCACAUCUCUGGCUGAAAGAAUGUUUCAGGAUGUGAAGAAAAAGGACAUUGUCACAUGGAAUACCCUGAUGGGUGCACUAGCAAAAAGUCAGAAGCCCGGAAAAGCGAUGGAGCUUUUCAAGAGACUGUAUAAAGAGGAUGAUGUCAGGCCAAAUCAGACCACAUUUGUAAGUCUGGUUCAGUCAUGUACUGCUUUAAAUAUCCCAAUGUUUGGAGAAGCUGUGCAUGCUUUUGUGAUCAUUAAUGCUUCCCAAACAGAUGCUUAUGUGGGUAAUGCUUUAGUCGAUUACUAUGCGAAAUGCAGCAAGCUGGAUUAUGCAUACAACAGCUUUCUUGAGAUACGUGAGAAGAAUGUGGUUUGCUGGAAUGGUAUUGUUUUGGCCUUUUCAAAUGAAAGCUCCUCACUUGCUGUUCCUUUGCUCCAAGAGAUGCUUCUAUUGGGCUUCCGUCCCAAUGAGUCUUCGUUUUCUGCUAUACUGAAGUCAUUGUUAUUGUUAGAGCUAUGUCAAGUUCAUUGUUUGAUUAUGAAGAUGGGCUAUGAAAAUAAUGAAUAUGUGUUGAGUGCCCUUAUUGCCAGCUAUGACAGGGAAGGUCUCAUCCGUGAAGCAAGAAGGUUAGUCGUGGCAUUUGAAACGCUUGGCACUGUCCUUUCAAAUACUAUUACUGGAAUUUUGAACAGGUCAGGCCAAUACCAUGAAUCAAUAAAAUUGCUUUCUGAACUUGAAGAACCAGAUGCCAUAUCUUGGAAUAUUGUUCUUGCUGCCUGUGCUCGUGAUGGUCACUAUAAAGAGGUCACUGAGCUUUUCAGGCACAUGCUUAUGGUAGGCAUACGUCCAGAUAACUACACCUAUGUUAGUCUUCUGAGCACGUGCAGUAAGAUUUGCAUGCUUCCCUUCGGAAGCACUAUUCAUGGUCUCCUUAUAAAGACAAAUUUCAGUGCUUGCGAUGCAUUUGUUUGCAAUGUCUUGAUAGAUAUGUAUGGUAAAUGUGGGAGAGCUCAAAGUUCUCGUAAAGUAUUCGAUGAGAUGAAGGAGAAAAAUAUCAUUACCUGGACAGUUCUGAUUUCAGCUCUUGGAAAUAAUGGGCGUGCUUAUGAUGCGAUAAGGGUGUUCAAACUGCUGGAAUCAUUAGGGCAUAAACCUGACAAGGUUGCUUUCAGUGCAGUGCUUACAGCUUGCAGACAUGGUGGUUUGGCGAGAGAAGGGAUGGAGUUGUUCAAGAAAAUGAAUGGUCAUUAUGGUAUAAAACCAGAGUUGGAUCAUUACCAUUGCCUAGUGGAUGUGUUAGCUAGAAGUGGGCAUAUCAGUGAAGCAGAGAAGUUAAUUGGCAGCAUGCCCUUCCCUCCAAAUGCCAGAAUAUGGAGGAGUUUUCUUGAAGGGUGUAAGGGGCAGAGAGAUAUCAGUAAUCGAGUAAUGAUCAUGCCAGAAUAUGGAGGAUCUUUCUUUGACGGAAAAAGGAUGAGUGGGCUCGGAUGAAUUUGCAAGACGACCGGUGUAGACAUCGUUUUUUGUCCGGGCAAAAACAUAAUCAAUUAAAUAAAUGUUACUUUUUGUUUAAAGUUAGCAAUAGCAAUUUUAAACAAACUACUAACUUAAGUCGUAUUUUUAGUGCAUUUGCGGUGUUUGAGUUGGGUUUUGUUUUCCAUAAGCAGUGAAAUUAGCAAUAGCAAAUCUCUACGAAUUAGACUUGUGUUCGCUUUUGAUAGAAGUUGAUCGUUUGCUUGACAUAUGGGAUUUUGAGGUUGGAUCUUGAUUACUAAGUAAUUAAAGUCUAAAGAGAGACAUAACAAUUUCAUUUAAGACAAUUGCAAUAAAUUAACUACAUAAUUAGAACAAUUAAUAAUUACAAUUUUACAAUUAAGCUCAAAACUGCCCAAGUCAAACAACCCUCAAUAAAACAAGUCAACAAAGUCAAACCGGCCAGAGAUAAAGUCUGACCAAACCCAUAUCGGUCCGACUGAACUCAGAUCGGCCCGACCCAGAACCAGCACUGUUGUAAGCUUGGGGAACAAGUUUUCUUUUUCUAUAAAAACCCAUCUGUUCCUUGAGCGAAAAAAUGGAGGGGCAGAGUUCUUCCUUGCAUCCCUUCUUCUCUUCCACUUCUGGACUUUUUCUAAUUUUACUUCUCCUUCUUCCUCCUCACGAGCUGUAGCAAAAAAACAGAGAAAAGAGGGAGUUCUGCUGCUUCUUCCCCACGCCUCAACUGCCUCAAAGAAAAAUUUUCUUUUCGCUUUUUCUUCUUAGGCUCCUCCUCUUCAAAGAAAAACACUCUGCAAAGCAAAAAGAAGCUUCAAUAGUCCAUACCCUUUCUUCUUGGUCGCUGGUACAAAGAAAAACAACAUAAAAAGCUAUUUUCCUUUACAAACAGAAACAGAGAGUUCCCCUUUUUUCCUUUCCUCACGAAGCAACAGAAAUAAAACACAGCCAAAAGAGAACAAAAAGGAGAGAUAAACAACUUCCAUACUUCUCUUAAACACCAUACCAGCAAUCCUAACAAAAAAGACAGUUUUCUUCGUCUACACGGUCCACAUACCGCCAACCACAAGUAACAGAAAAGAUAUCACUAAAAAGUCCCACUUUCAUCUUCUUUCUUUAACCACACGCAAAAAACGAAACAGCAAAGACAAGAAGGGCAAAAAGAAGCAAAGACAGCAGCAAGAAAUUGGAGGAAAGCAUUUCAACCCAUCCCAAACAUCAAGCCAAAGGUUGGUAAGCAAACAAAUUAACCAUCUUUAGAUUCAAUCAUCACCUUACAUAAUCAUCUCACUUCUACUUUUCUUAACAAGCUUUAAGAGGAAAUCAUAAGUGAUUACCUCCAUGCAAAUUACAAUCGUCAUCAUUGUACUUGUUUUUCUCCUAAAUUCUAAGUUUAUAAACUGAAUAGCAUACAAGUACUUUCAUUCAAGGUGACUUUCUUUCUGUUAAGAUAACCAACUCAUAGUUAUGUAUAUUAUUUCUACAAUUACUAAUCUACUAAUAGCUGUACAAGUAUAACUAUAUGUUUCACCUAUCAUCUCGAUUAAACUUCUAUCAGGUAUUCUUUUUAUUUAGCACUUCCAUAAUAAAAACAGAAAAUAGAU